AUGUUGAGAGCUACAAGAAUAAGUCGUGCUAUUAAACCAACCACCACCAGCCAAUUCAUAAAAUCAUUUACUACAUUUCCCCAAUUAAGAAAUGCCAAUGAUAUUCCACCAGCACCAUAUGUUCCAAAAGAUAAACGUAAUGCUUUGGGUCGUCAACCUCAAAGAUAUUCUGAUUUUACCACCAAACAUUUUUUUACUGAAGUUUUUGAUGAAGUUGAUAUGAUUUAUCGUAAUGAUGAUGAUCCAACUAAAGUUGCAAAACAAAAUACUAAAAUUCGUCAUUUUACUAUAAAUUUUGGACCUCAACAUCCUGCUGCUCAUGGUGUUUUGAGAUUGAUUUUAGAAUUACAUGGUGAAGAAUUAGUUAGAUCUGAUCCUCAUGUUGGUUUAUUACAUAGAGGAACUGAAAAAUUAAUUGAAUCAAAAACUUAUAUGCAAGCAUUACCAUAUUUUGAUAGAUUGGAUUAUGUUUCUAUGAUGACUAAUGAACAAGUAUUUGCUUUAGCAGUUGAAAAAUUAUUAAAUGUUGAAAUUCCAAUUAGAGCAAAAUAUAUUCGUACUUUAUUUGGAGAAAUUACCAGAGUUUUAAAUCAUUGUAUGUCAGUUUUAACUCAUAUUAUGGAUGUUGGUGGAUUAACUCCAUUCCUUUGGGGGUUUGAAGAACGUGAAAAAUUAAUGGAAUUUUAUGAACGUGUUUCAGGAGCAAGAUUACAUGCUGCUUAUGUUAGACCGGGUGGUGUAUCUCAAGAUUUACCUGCUGGGUUAUUAGAUGAUAUUUAUAUGUGGGCAACUCAAUUUGGGGAUAGAAUUGAUGAAGUUGAAGAAUUAUGUACUGAUAAUCGUGUUUGGAAAGAUAGAACUAUUGAUGUUGGGAUUGUUUCUGCUGAAGAUGCAUUAAAUUAUUCUCUUUCUGGAGUUAUGUUAAGAGGUUCCGGUGUUCCAUUUGAUAUUCGUAAAUCUCAACCUUAUGAUGCUUAUGAUUUAGUUGAUUUCGAUGUUGCAGUGGGAUUGAAUGGUGAUUGUUAUGAUCGUUAUUUAAUUAGAAUGGUUGAAUUUAGACAAUCAUUAAGAAUUAUUCAUCAAUGUAUUAAUGAUAUUCCUGAAGGUCCAGUUAAAGUUGAAGAUUUUAAGAUUUCUCCUCCAUCAAGACAAUUAAUGAAGGAAGAUAUGGAAGCUUUAAUUCAUCAUUUCUUAUUAUUCAGUAAAGGUUAUGCCGUACCUCAGGGGGAAACUUAUACUGCUAUUGAAGCUCCAAAGGGUGAAAUGGCCGUUUAUGUUGUUUCUGAUGGUACUGAAAGACCUUAUAGAUGUAAGAUUAGAGCUCCAGGUUUUGCUCAUUUAGGUGCAUUUGAUCAUAUUUCUAGAGGUAAUUUAUUAGCUGAUGCUGUUGCUAUUAUUGGUACUAUGGAUUUGGUCUUUGGUGAAGUUGAUCGUUAG